AUGGCACCAACACGCCAUGUAUACGAUUUAGUCGACAACACGGCACAACAUCCAAGCCCGAUAUGGGAGGACUCUUCCUCCCGCCCGACCAGAGCUGGAAGAUCGGUGAACCCAGACUCACGUCAUGAGAAGUCAGGAGCACUUCUGACAUAUCAAAAUGAGCUCGGAGAACCACAACAAGGGCAAUAUGGACCCAGGCCUGUGAUCGAGGAUCGUGCACGAAGCAGACCGUCGUCGCGACGUGUGUUUGGCUGGUUCUACGAAACAUCCAGCAUUCUCGUCGCGGCCGCCUCUUUUGCUGGCAUGGUAGCGCUCCUCCGGGCCACCGACGACAAACCAUUACCAGACUGGCCUUCCGAGAUCACCGUCAACGCCAUACUCUCUGUACUAGUGACCAUCUUGAAGGGAGCUCUUGCAAUCACAGUCACCGAAUGCUUGUCCCAGCUAAAGUGGUCGUGGUUCAGACAGGAAAGACGCCUAGUGGACUUGAUUACUUUCGAUGAAGCAAGCCGAAGCGCUUGGGGCGCUGCAAGACUUCUGUGCAGCAUACGAUCGUGGUAUCUGGCGUACUUCGGCGCCUUCAUGCUUACCAUCUCGGUCAUACUCGGACCCACCGUGCAGCAGACCAUCGAAGUACGCGUCCGCCUAGUCGAGGCCACCAGCGAAAAUGCAACGAUGCCGAUCUGCAACACGUCCAUGUUCAGCAUGAUGAGUUUUGGCGGUGGGGCUGGCAUGAACAAGGUCAAUCUACCAGUGAUGGGCGCGAUGUAUGAUGGUCUGAUGCAAACGUCCGCGCAAUCACCAAUCGAUCCUGGUUGCCCAAGUGGGAACUGUACUUUUCCAAGAUAUCAGUCUCUUGGUGUCGUGGCAAGAUGCGAGGAUCGGUCGUCUGAACUAGUCUUGACCAAGCGUGGAUUCACCGAAACAAAUGACACUACGUACAACACAACUAUGACACCGCGUGAGUGUGCAGAUCAAGUUCCUCUGUGCCAUGCCGAAUGGCCUAGAUCCGGCCUGUUUCUCAUCCCCUAUGGAACGAUCAAUAGCACCGUCAACUACACGCUCAGGGCUUCCGAUUUCGCCGAACGCCCUCGAGAGGACCCUCCUCUAUACGUCUGGCAUGGCAUCACCGGCCCUGGCCAAAGGCCUCAGGAACCAGAAGUCCCUCCGCCUGUAGCCGUAGAGUGCGAGAUCCACUUCGCCGUCUACACCUACGAAUCCACGAUGUCAAGUGGCAAACUCUCCGAAUCCAUCGUCUCUACGACAUCUGCUGGCGCCACUCUCAACGGCACAGGGCAAUGGGACUUCCAAAACUAUCUCAGCCUCACCGCCGACCCCUGCUACGCCAAUGGCACGGAGAUAAACUCAGCAGACCAUCCAGACCUUUGCACGUACUCCGUCUAUUCCGCCCAAGGUCUCUCAAUCAGCAACACUCUCGACCCAAUCCUCACUGGCUAUGGCUACCGCACAGCCAGCAAUCGACCCGGCUUCGAAGGCACAGGUGCCGACGUCCUGCAAGCCCUCAGCGGCCUGUCCGACGGCGCCUCCCUCUCGGACCCCAAAGUCGGCUCCUUCGAGUACGUCGACCGCGCGUUUCAGUCCCUCGCCGCCGCCCUCACGAAUCACGCUCGCGGCAGCGACGCUGUUUGCGGUGGCGCUACGAUCCUUGGAACGCAGUGGCGGGAGGAAGUUUACCUACAUGCGCGCUGGGCGUGGUUGGUGCCGACGGCGGUGUUGUUCGUGCUAUGUGUGGUGUUCUUCUUGGCCGUGACGGUGAAGUUCAGGGGCGAGGAGCUAUGGAAGAGCUCGCCUUUGGCGUUUCUGGUGGCGCGGGUGAGAGUUGAUGGGAGGGAAUUAGGACCGGAAGAGCUACGGAAGCUAGGUGGGGCGGAAGCUGGCGCCGAUAAGAGGAGUGUUGAGAAGAUGGCGAAGGAGAUAAAUGCUAGCCUUGGGCCGGUGAGGUAG